UUACUUUUUAUUUGGUUUCACAUUGAUUAAAAGUUAUGAUUUAUUCUUCUUACGUACCUGAUAAUCUUUAUAUAUUUAUGCUAUUAUAUAUUAUACUGAAAUAAGCAAUAUUUAUUGUUCACAGUUAAAGCUAAAAUGGAUAGACGUAUAUUCCCAGUGAUGCAAAUCGACCAAACACAUGGAAAACAUUGGACUGCCACCGUUCAGAUCUUAGAAUGUCAUCAUGUGCAACAUAUGACCAAAGACGAUAGCGAAUACAAGAGAAUUAUGAUGAUGGAUCAGGAUGGAACGACAAUGACAGGGCUCAUUUUUAGUGAUUAUUUGGGUCACUACGCAACCAUCUUCAGCCAAUUCCACAAGUAUAACAUCUCCGGCGCUACUGUUAUACGAAAUGAUCCUAAGUUUUCUGUUGGUUCUUAUCCUUUUUCAUGGAUUUUGACCAAAAGUACUCUUGUGGAAGAAAUACCGGAACGUAUUCCAACAACUAUACCUUGGUCGUUGGAAUUUACAAAAUUCAGCAGACUACAUGCCUAUGCUGAAUCAGAAAAUCUGCAAAACGUUAGGGGUAUUGUCUUGCAAUGUUUACCAAGUCAGGAACACGGUGUUGACCUUGUAACAAGACGUGAUAUAAUCAUUAUCAAUGAAGAAAAAAUACUGUUACAUGUCACAUUGUGGAAAGAAUUUGAUGAACACGAAGGGAGAAUGUUGGAAGCCAUAAGACAACCACCACUGAUCUUUGGUUUAAGGCUAAAAGUCACAACCUUCAACUCUAUUUCCCUUACAACGAGACCAAACACUGCAUUCAUGAUCAAUCCACCUGUUUCUGUUUCUGAGGACUUGCAAUUACGAAAGUGGUACCUGGACAACAGAACCGAAAUUGAUGAGUUACUUCGUAUGGAAAACCAUAAAAAUACUGAACUGUUACUCCCAUAUCCUCCGGAUGAUGUUAUACUUUCCAUUGGGGUCGUGACUGCUUCUCCAAACAUUUUCAAGACCGCUUGGAUUAAAGGGAGACUUGGACUUUCUGCAAAAGGAAGAAGAUUCUCGUACACUGGAUGUUCGAAUUGUCAUAAAGCUUUAGAAGCUGACACCACAUGGGUUGUCAUGUGUCCUUCUUGUAAAGUUGUAUCAGACAUCGAGGCAAUGAUACGGGCAACUGUUACAAUUACUGAUGAAAGUGGAAGUAUUGAAGCCAUGCUAACUACACCCCACAUAGAAAAAUUUUUACUUUUCAAUCCGGAAGAAGUGAAAACCAAUGAAGAAAUUGGUAUGGACAUUCACAAUGACAUUGCAGCUGCCUUGGAAUUGUCAGAAGUUGUAGCCUUUGUUCAAAGCAAGAUUGAAGAAAUGUUCGGAAACACAAUAAGGAAUCAUCUUAAGGUGGCCAAAGUCCAGUUCUUACUCCAACUGAAAUGCAUGCAACAGUUGCUUACAGCAACAACAGAUAUUUACCCAACAAGUUCUAGCAAAAGUUUUAAACCAAUUGACUCCUUUUCCAAUGCUGUUCAUGCGAACAUAAUCCAGACCAUUGGUACAUUUCCUUCCAUGGUGGAUUUUAUUAUGGAGAUUCUAUCUGACAUUGUCACGAAGCAGCCUGUAAUCAAGGCUCCCUUGGUUUCCUACGCGACUCAACCGGACUUAAGAUCUUCACUUCCAAGAUCUGUUCUGGUAGUUCUUGGGAUUGCACAAGAUUCUCAAAGUGUAAGUCACGCGCAAAAAGCACUCAGUCUCAUUCUCAAGCACAAUCACAAUCACAGACCGGUAAUUGAAAAUGUGUGAGCUGAUUUAUAGGAGUUGAUUUAUCGAUUUUUUGGUGUAAAGAAUGGGCGGGAAUUUGAGGCAUAAGAAAUCCCUGGUAAUGACAUGUGGCAAGUUGGAGGUGCAAAAGAGUGACAUGUGGCCAAGGGAAAAGAGCGGGUCAAUCAUCAAUGGUUUUUGUUUAUUUCUGAACCGGAUUAAACCGGCCGAGUAUUUACCCAAUUGAACUAGUGACCUGGAACCGCUAAAAACCCUUGUUGAAACAAAAAAUUGAUAAAAUCUUAAUUUAGGGACAUAGUUCAUUUCCGUUAUUGCAAUUGUAAAUAAAAUCUCAAUUUAGUUCAUUCUUUGUUGAAAAAGUUUUGUAUUCUGUGUAGUUUUAUGUAGAAGGGUUAUUGUUACUGUAGCAGCCCAACAAUGUUUCGUAUAUUGGUUUAAAUGGACCUUCAUGAUUUUUUU